UCUCGGCCUUCGCCAUGAUAUAUGUGGAUAAUCUGUUUGCAAUGCUCAGCAAAUCACCAUGUUACCAACUAACACCUCCCAUCAUCCGCAGUAUAAAAGGCAGGCCAUCUUCGGAUCUUCUCCAAAAACCGAAUUUCUAGAACACUAAAAACCUUCCACACCUCAAUCACUACACCAUCACAUUCUAUAAAACAACUCUCAUAAGCUCAACAUCACCAAAGAGCCAUCUCCUAUGAACACCGUCAAGACCGCCAUGACCAACACACUCCGCCACGCCAAAAUCACCCCCCACCUCUCGGCUGCCCGCGGGCACGCCAACCACGGCUGGCUGGACACCUACCACUCCUUCAGCUUCGCCAAUUGGUACAACCCCAACUUCGCGCAGUUCGGGGCCCUGCGGGUGCUGAACGAGGACCGGGUCAAGGCCAACUCGGGCUUCCCGACCCACCCGCACCGCGACUUUGAGAUCUUCAGCUACAUCCUCUCGGGGGAGCUGACACACACGGACUCGACGCACCAAAAGAAGGGCACCACCACCACCACCACCACCACCACAGCCGAAGAAUCCGAGUCAGAGCUAUUCUGCCGGGUACGGCGCGGCGACAUCCAAUUCACCACCGCCGGGACAGGCGUCACGCACGCCGAGUACAACUACGGGCGGGAGCCCGUGCACUUCCUGCAGAUCUGGGCGACGCCCUGGAAGCGCGGGCUGGCGCCGCGGUACGCGUCGGGCCGGUACGGCGACGACGACAAGCGCAAGGGCUUCGUCAGCCUGCUGAGCCCGCUCCGGGGCGGGCCCGACGCGACGCCCGCGCAGGAGAAGGCCGCCGAGCCGACGAUCCCAGGGACUAUCGCCAUCCAUGCCGAUUUUGUCAUGGCGGCGGGCAUUAUUGCGCCGGGGGGCAGGUUCGAGUGGGUUGUUGGUGCUAAUGCGACGGGCGCGACGAAGAGGAAGGUCUAUGUGCACUUGCCCAUGACGAAGGGUGGGAAGGCGAAGAUUAGGCUGGAUGGCAGGGAGGAGGGGGUGCUUGUGGAGGGAGACGGCGCGUUUGUUGACGGCGUCAAUGCGGGAGACAAGCUGGUUGUGGAGAGCGUGGGUGAUGCCGAGGCCGAAGUGGUUGUUUUGGAUACUGCGUGAUGUUAUUCGCGAGUCAACAAUCCGUAAAAUACCCGAUUUAUCUUAAGACGAGAAACAAGGAAUUAAUGAGUUUGAUGAACUCGCCGUUCAAUCAUGAUGCAGCCGCAGCCGACAAAAACCUUCCUCGCCUCGACCCGCAUGGGCCGAUGGAAAUGAAGGAAAUGAUGAACUCCUGCGAAGAGGAAGGGUUCCAAAAAUUCCCUGUCAGGUCGAAACCCAACAGGAGCGGUCAGGUAUGUAGUUUUCAACUAGCAAAAACGUGAUCUCGGACGAAUCCUCACUGAUACACGUAAAACCCCUGCAC